AUGUUGUCAAAAAUCAUUCCGGCCCUUGCUAUUGCAGGUGUAGCUAGCGCUCGCAUUGUCGGCCUUGCCGCUCCUAAGGUCAUUGCCGUUAACGAGACCUUUACGGUGACUCUGCUCACUGAGAACUAUAUCCAAAGUGUCAAGGAUCUGGUCGCUGCCUUUGCCUUGAGCCCGAGAGCUGAUGCGGACGGAUUCAUUGGGACUGAAUACCUUGGCUCGUUUUAUCUGGGUCCAGACAAGUCAAACGUCCUUACCAACAUUACCUUCGAGGUUACCGCUCCAGCAACGAAUGUCGGCCAGUACCUCAACGGCGUAGUCACCUCCCUUUAUGGCGCCUCGAACGGGGCCACGACGAUUCAGUGGAGCGUGCCGAUCACGUACGGCGAUGAAGUCAGCACUGAGCAAGUCCGCUCCAUCGAAGGCAACAAUGUCUGCUCCUCGAGCACGCCGACGGAUUCUGGCAGCAAUACCACCACAACGGCGCCUCCUUCAACCGAUCCGACCUCACCUCCGGCAACAGGCCACUGCUUCCCGACCUCGACCCAAACACUCAUCCAGUCAUCGCUCGUCUACGCGAAUGCCCUGAUCGACAGCAUCGUGCAGUCGAAUAACCAGACCGGUCGCCAAAAUCUUGGUCAGCUAAACGGCUUCCUCGGAGAUGUCUCAGCAGCAGUUGGAGUAGGACGCGGCGGCGAAUCUUGCAACAACCCACCUCCGCCAGCUUGGCCACCUCUUUCACCAGGCGACUCGCAAGUCCGCGCCAUCUCGAUUCUUCGCAACGUCCAAGAUGCCCUGCAGGCUGAGCAAGGUGCGAUCCUGCAGUGCAACGAGGCCCAGGCAAAGAGCAUCCAGUGCCAGGUCUUGAGAUUGGUGGACAAUUUGGACAACUAUUAUUCUUGA